GCGCCUGCUUAUAAAGAAACUAAGAUGGGUCUUGAAGCAGGAUCCUGAGAGCCAACAGGUAGAAGGAAGGGACCCAAUCCUGCCCUCCUGGAAGAGCCGGAAGAGCAGUGGGCUCAGGCACACAACCUGGGAAGAUGGUGGCGGUGAAGACCUGCUCUCUGCUGCUGGUGUUCCUCUUCCUGGCGGUCGGGCUGGGGGAAAAAGAAGAGGUUCAAUUCAGAUCCCAUGCUAAAUUCGGUAGCCCCCGGCCUCGAGGCCCGAGGUAUGCAGAGGGGACUUUCAUUAGUGAUUACAGCAUUGCGCUGGACAAGAUCCGCCAACAAGACUUUGUGAACUGGCUGCUGGCCCAGAAGGGGAAGAAGAAUGACUGGAAACACAACAUCACCCAGAGAGAGGCCCGGGCCUUGCAGCUGGCAGGACAAUCUCAGAGCAAUGAGGAGACAGAGGGGCAGCAGAGCUCCUUGCCCAAGAACCCCAGUGACGAAGGUGUGCUGAGGGACUUCCUGAUUCGGGAGCUGCUGGCCUGGAUGGUGGACCAAACAGAGCUCUCCCUGCCCAGGUUUCAGUGACGGACCUAGCUCAGAGCAGGACUGGACUCUGCCCUUUGCUUGCCCAGCUCCUGCUUCCGCCCUGGUCCAAAGUCUCCAAGAGAACCAAACCAAUAAAGUCUUGAGCUGAAGUAAA